GGGUGGAUCCAACCCCAACAAAAGGGCCCGGCCCAGGAAAAAGCCCAUAAAUAUCCCUUUCAAGAGAAGGGGGUAUUAUGGUAUUUUUCCUAGACGAACCGACACAAUUCCCUAUAAAUACGGGCGUACGGCCUGUAGAAAAGGGGAUCGGAGAAAAGCAGGAGAAUUUGUGCAGCAAGUACAAAAAGCUUAGCUCGUCCAAGCAAAAGUCAACGGUUCCAAACUCAUAGCUUGGAGAAUCGACGAGAUAUCAGCUCGUCUAUUAUCCUCGUCUACCUUUGUAACCGUUCAAGUCGCGUUGUAGCCCGUCUUUUGUGUUCCGACACCAAUAUAAUAGAAGAGAACUUCGACCCUCUUUGACCGAACUAAAACAUAUUAAUUGUGACCAAAAGGGACAUCAACACCUCAAAUUACUGCGAGAUACAGAACCGCAAAGAUGGGUCAUGGAUGAAUUUUGGUUAACUAAGAAAAGAGAGUAUGAUAGUGAGAUUAAUUCACAUCCAUCACGGUUUGCUAUACGUAUCUCAGGUAAUAUGCUUCUGUAUCCAAUGGCACAUGUUAUUCGUGCGGACUAUUUGAGCAACUGGAACCCAAAGGCAAUACAAGAUCUUUUGAAGUAUUUUACGCCGGAACGUAUGAGGAUUGAUUUUGCUUCAGAAUCUGUCAAGGGAACAGACCUCAAACUUGAACCUUGGUUUAAGUCUUGGUACAGAGAAGAACAAAUACCAGCUUCUAUUAAAGAAGCCUGGAGUAGUUCUUCUGAACUACUACUCCAUGCUUCUCUGUGUUUUCCUUCUCCAAACAAGUUCAUUCCAACUUCCUUGGUAGCUAGAAGCGUUGAAUGUAUGCAGCUUCCUGUACGCAUUGUGGAUACGCCUUCCUUGAACAUGUGGUACAAACUUAGCAAUGUGGAUUCUUCAUGCUUAUACUUCCUCAUACAUCACAAGGGUGGAUAUAGCAGUCUAGAGAACCAUGUGAUGAUGAGAUUAUUCACUGAAAUUUUGAAGGAUGAAGUAAAUGAUAUCUUAUAUCAGAGCCAAGAAGCUGGAGUUUCCUCUUCAAUAACACUACAUGAUGACCAGCUGUUGCUGAAAGUCUCUGGAUACUGGGAGAAGCUCAAUCUCUGGUUAUCAGAUAUUUGGAAGAGUUUCAUGAAUUUCUCCUUAACCAUUAAAGGCUUUGAGAUUAUCAAAGAAAAGAUAAAGACACAUCUGAGCAACCUGGAUAUCUACUACCUGUCUGAUUACGUGCUAGACCAAGUAUUAGUUGAAAAGUCAUAUAGCAUAUGUAAGGCGCUGGAGGUGUUGGACAAGAUUUCUUUUGCUGGCCUUGAAAACUUCAUUCAUGUUAUGCGUUCAGAGAUAUUCAUUGAUGGUAUAUGCUCUGGUGAGCUGUUACCUGAUGAAGCAAUGGAUAUUUCUAGCAUAUUCCAAACUACGCCAGUGAGUCCACUCCCAAAAGAUGUUAGGCACACAAAUAGGAUACUAAGUCUUCAGACCAAACUCAGAAGAAUAAAUGUCAAGGUGUCUAACAUUAAUUCUGUGAUGAAGCUCUAUUUCCGAAUAGGUCGUGAAAAAGGCAGAAGUAUGAGGAAAAGAGCAAUGAUACAUCUCUUCCGUGAAGUCAUAUACCAAGUGCUAUUCGAUAAACUAAGGACUGAGGAGCAGCUUGGUUACAUUGUGAGUUGCUCACCACACAUCAAGUGUGGAGUCCUUGGAUUCACAAUUACGGUUGUAUCUGCAAAGUACUCUCCCUCUCAUCUGUUGAAAAGAGUAACCAAAUUUGUAAAUCUGAUUGGAGGUCACCUGGACACGAUUCCUCAGGAAUCUUUUGAAGAUUACAAAGAUGGUCUUAUUGCUAAGCUAAAUAAUGACAUAAGUAUUACACUGGAAGAAAUAAUUAGCAAAAGGUACACAUUUGAUUCCUACUCGAGAGAAGUUGGGGAAAUAAAAAGGAUCAAGAAAAAGCAUAUUCUCAGAUGGUACAGGAAGCAGUUUAGAUCUUGCCAUAGAAUUGCUCUUUGCCUUUGGGGAAGUGAAACGAAAAUGAAGAAAAAGAGGACUAAGAAGAGGAACGGUCUGAGGCAUGUGAAGAUACCUAAAGUGCUCAAGUUGAGUUCAACUCGUUUACCUCAGAUGACUUUUAAAAAAGUGAGGAAGGUCGUGACCAACCGCAAAUCCAGCUCUUAAACAUCCAUAUCAGUUACUUCCGCUUUCUGUAUCUCUUUUUACUUUCUAAGUUGAAACUUCAACUUGCGAUGCUUUAUUACUUGAAACCUUUUCUGCACUGAGAUUUUGAGAAAACUAUUGUCGGAAAAUUGAAUGUUUUUGCUACUUAGACUAAUAUAUAACCAGAUUGUGGGA